GAACAACACCUUUGUUCGUUAUUUCAAUUUUCGUUAUUUCAUUAAUACAAGAAGUCAAAUGUACAUUCAUUGUGUUCAAACACCAGUUUUUCCUCGCUGGAAAACACCAACAAUUUAAACAUUUCGUACAAUCACCUAAACGGAAUUUAGUAGUAUAACUACUAUUUGUAAUACAAUGUACAAAUUAUUAGGGUGGUCCAUUUGCUUAAUAAUGUCAAAGUCCAACCUCGGUUAAUGCACACACCCAAACCUCAAAAGCCCCUAUCUAAAAAAUUGACAAAAAGAAGGGUGGAGACCUCUGGAUUUGGUGAUCCAUAUGUGACCAUCAUUAGUCAAUACACAAUUCAUUCUCUUUUGCAUUUCCAUUUUCACCUUUUUACUUAACAAUGAUAAUCUUCCCACUUCUCUUUUCCAAAAUCCACUUUUCAAAAAGUCGUUUCAUGGGUCAUGCACUAACGAGGAGAUCUCAUCUAACUAUGCAUGAUCACUAAAUAAAUAAAAGAAACUAUAGCACGGAAUGUACACACAUGAUGAUGAUGAUAGGUGUAUCAAAAUUUUCAAAAGUGUGUAGUGGAAUACAUGCUCCCCAUUUUCUUAUGUAGCACCAUACAUUUGACCCUAUGCUUUCUACUAAUGAUCAAAUGAUUGAAUUCUCAAAAAAUACACCCUGAAAUUUCGAUUUUAACCUCACACCACAACAUAACAUAACCUUUUGAUGACCUCGAUUGUCAACAGACCCGAUAACGCGCAUUUUAUUACGAGAAUAUAACAAAACUGACUUCAAACUGCGAGUACUAUUAUAGCAAACACGACACACCUAGUGGGUCUCGGUUGAAUUUAAAGCUCGUGUAAUGUCCUUAAUGGUGUUUGAGAUGGCGUAGAGCAGAAGGACCAUCAACUGUAGAUGCUUGCAGGAGGCAGUGGAGAAGGUAGAUUGAAGUCAGAAGGGCUACAACCUCCCUUAUAUUUGAAAUUACAUGUAAAAUUCAAAACAAAUUUAAGAACUAGAGUAGUAGGUGAUGGCUUAGCCUCCCCGCUCCCAAUUAUCACGAUUCAAAUCAGCUUCACUCAUUUAGAUAUCUGACUCCAUCACUGGCUAGAGGUAGGGCGCUCGACUUGAGAAAAGCUCCUUCGAGACUCGACUCGUUUAUUAACGAGCCGAGCAUGAGCUAAGCCUUGUUCAGCUCGUGAAGCUCGUGAGCUAGCUCGACUCAGUGGCUUGUUGAGCUAAACUCGUGAGCUAGCUCGUUUAGAGCUCAUGAGAUGUCUCACAUGCAUUGUAGCUAUCGAGCCAACUUGAUUACCGACUUAUGGGCGCAUCGACCUAUAUCUUUGAGUUUAAUUCAUAUGAUUGUUAAAUUAUAUAUCUCACCCAAUAUGAAGUUUAACACACUGAUCAGUAUGUGAGCAAAUAUUUAUUAUUUUUUAUUUAAAAAAGAGAUUGUAUAUCACAUAUUGCUCCCAUACUGUUAAAUAACAUUAUUUGGUCUAUUUAAAAUUUAUUAACUACAUAAUAUGAUACCAACAAAGUAAAAUAUGAGAUUAGUUAAUAUUGAGCAUUUGACUAUUAUUAAUUUUUUCAUCAUGACAUCAAUCACAUGUAUCAUACAUGGCAUUCAAAAUGAAAUAUCAAAUACGACUCAAUAUUUUACUAAACAAACCUAGCUCGAGCUCGACUCGACUCAACUCGUUAAUAAAUGGCUCGAGCUCAGCUCAACCUGGAGUAAAACUCGGCUCGACUCGCCUCAUUUGGAGCCCUAAAUAGAGGGGAACUCUAUAUCGAUAAAAAAACUGACAUGGAAUCAGCUACAAACUCAUACAUAUCAAAAGAUAGACGAUUCUUAAUCGUAUAGUUAAAACGGCAAUCCAGAUCCAGGAAGAAUCAAUUGCAGACUUAUUAAUAAUCGAGAACAACUUCCUUUCGUAAUACGUCCCCAUGGUUUACUCACCCCAUAUAUAGAGGUAGCUAUAUAUAUACAUGGAGUCACGUUCUUUCAUAGCUUUACUCAUUCAUUAUUUAUUAUUUCGUUAUUGAUGUGUGUGUGGGUUUUUGUCCUGUAACGUAACACUUGCUGGUGCAUGUGAAAUGUUGGCGAGACUUUGAUCGCUCGAUCGAGACAGAGACUGAUGGGAAGAGGCCCGGCCGGCGUGGCUCAUAGUAUUGCAUGUCGACAAAGCUAGCUGACGGAAAGGGGCAGGGGCACGAGACUUAACAAAGCUUUCAUUUUGGAGGAAUUUGGCCAUCGUUUUCAAAUGGGAGAUGCGUUUGGUUAUAUAUGAACGACAACAAAAUGCAGGCAGCAAAUGAGCUUAGCUACUAGCUAGGGUUUUGUUUUCCGAUUUUUGUUAUCUCAUGGACCAUAAGUUUAUGUGGCAUGGAGACACCCUAAUGUGAGCAUCAUCAUGAUUCAUGAACUCGCGAUCGGGUUCGUGAUGAGUUCAAUCAAUCGUUUAAGUUGUUAGGGAUGCCACGUACAAAUCGAUUUUUUCUCCAUGUUGUAGAAGAUAGGUUGUUAUAGGUAGUGGUUAAUGCAUGGUAAGUACGAACUAUGCACUCAAUCAAUCGAGGAGUUCUGCACAACUUCUCCAAUUUGGCUGCUGCACGUGCUGAUACGACUGGGCGCGUAUGCAUAUACAUACACAUGCAAGCUGAUGUACGUUGUCUGAUUGCCAGCUUUCAUAAGCAUUUUUCAACGAUUUUAGACCAACGCGAGUACAUCAAGUGUUAUUUAUAAAAAGACCAUUGGCGAUAUCAAUCUAAUAACUGGAAAUUGCAACCUGACGAUAUCAGCUCCUAUUACCCCACAAACUUUUUUUCAAGAUAGGUGGCUAGUGGUUGAUGGUACGAACUACAAGCUCUCCAAUCUCCAUUUUAGGCUAGUGGUUGAUGACACGAACUACAAACUUCCCUAAACACUUUCUAUCUCCCAUCUCACAUCCAUUUUAGUGUAAUUGUUAGUUAUAGUUUCCAUCUACUCAACUAUAGUGAAGUGAUGUAACAAAACUGUUCAAAGACCAAACAUAAUGUGACAAUAGUUAUCCUCUCUAACUCUAACACAUGAUCUCCACCGAUUCUAUCUAUCUCCCAUUCCCAUGUGCCUGUUUCUAGUCAAAUACAAUGAAUGGCCUCUGGGCCUGCCUGACUGAGUGACCUACCUGAACUUUUGUCUGUUCAAUUCCAACAACAUAUAAUAAAUUGCCGAUGUAUGCCUUUAGCUCAAUUAUUUGGUUAAUUACAUACAUGUCAAUCUUAAUCACCAUGAUUAAUGCUUCAAUUAUGCUCUGCAACUAUGUUCCACAGCUCUUAAACUACUGUACUUUUGUUUUUUUGCUUUACCUUAGAGCUUAAAAAAUGAAAUCAAUUGUUAUUAUUAAUCUAACUCCUGACGCGUUUUGGUCACUUUGUUGUUGCUAUUGAUCUUCUUUUUUCUUCUUCUUUACCAUCAUCAUCCCAUGAAAAGGUACCCGACAAUCAUAAUUUCAUCAAUGGUGUUUUCUUUUAUGAUAAUUGUAUUGACGACAUUGCCAUGACAAACAGUUUUAAGAGUUUCAUCAGUCUCUGGCUCUAGCUCCAUUGAAGACAAUUGUGAUCCUCCACGGUACAUUUGUGCCGGGCCGAUCAAUGGGUGUGCCGGGAGGCACUCCGGCAAAUGGCAAAGGACUCUAUCGUAGAUUUUUUAGUUAAUCCAGUCCUAUAUUACAUGAUGAACAUGUAUGAUUAAUUGAUUAUGGUUAUAAUGAUGUUUUUAAAUAUGUUAGUUAAUACUAUGUGCGAGUCAUUGGUUAAUUGAUUAUGGUCAUAAUAUGACUUCUUUAAAUUUACCGUGUUAUCAAGAUUCGAUGCUUUACAUUAGGACUAAUGUAUGAUACUUAUAUGACUUUGGAACUAGAUAAAAACUUAGAGGGAAGCUAGUUGAAAUGUGGAGAGUAAUAGUAGUGUAAUAUUAGAAGCAUAUUUACACAAACAACGACAACAAGGAUGAAAACAAUUAGGGUUCACAUGAAAGACUAUUCUCCACUCUCACCGUCCAUAUCAUCAUUGUCCCACCUCUAAAACACCUACAAACACCACUACUUCCAUUGUCCCCAAUUUUCCUUGUCCUUCAUCAUUGUUAUUUACUAUAUGUCACUAGGUGCCAAAAGAUUUCACCCUAUCAACAUAGAAUUAUAAGAAACUUGGAUCAAAUUUGGAUGUGGAUUUUAAUUUGAUUCAUUUAAAUUGAAUUCAUUGAAAUAGAUGCUCUGGUUUGACUUGAUUGGAUUGAAGGUAUGUAGUUUGCGAAUUCCACUUACACUACUGUUGAUUAUAUUUUCGUAAUAGUAUGAGCGAGCUCCGUGAUAUAUAAUUAAGAGACACGAAGAAGAUUUUUUUAUCGCACUUGUAGAGCAUUAUUCCAAGCGAAAUCAACAUAUUUUGUUUAAUGCAGCGAUCUACAUCGUCUAGUGUAUAAGACCACUCUUACUUCUUAAACUGAUCCAUCUAAAAGUUAUGAUUUACUAUCUUAAAUUUGAACCACACCACAAGGUAUAAGGAUAUUAUGCUCCUUGAUUGAGUUAACCAACCAACACUAAUGCCCUAACUAACAAAGUUCGAAACAAUAAUUUUACUCACCUUCCAUGCAAAAGCCAAAACUUAAUUUUCACUCCUACAUUUUCUUCCCCCUGUCAAAAUAACUACCACAACAGAGAAAAGUAACCAAACUAACUAACACAAAAUUACAAAACUGAAGGAAACCAAUAAAUGAACAAAUUCACUUUCUUCUUUCCCUCUCUCUAUCUAUCCCCCACGCGCAAACCACAUCACUCGCUCUGCUCUCCUUCCUCACAGUGCUGGACAGUUCAGAGUUGAGAGUACUACUAGUCCUCCAAAUUCGCCAUUUGGGUUACUGAAUCCCAUCUCAAAUGUACCCAAAAGCAGCCAUCUUUUAAAAGCUCUGGGUGUGCUUUCCUUUUUUCCUCCAAUGGCUUCCGGGUGAAUGGAUCUUCCCCUUUCUUCUCGACCGAAAGCAAAAAGGAAAUGUAAUGAAAUUUGUUUGUUUGCUUGUACCAUUAUUCCUUGCUUCCAUUCUUGGGUCGAUGCAUCUUCUUUCUUACGCACCAUUUUCCCAUAUUCCAUUGAUUUUCUCCACAGAUUCGCUUGCUCUCUACUUGGUCAGCUCAAGUCGCUAGCCACUUCCACUCAUCACUCGGAUCCGCUUCUCUUUCUCUGGUAAUUUCCCAUUUCCUGCUUGUCCUUUUGGGUGUUGGGUAGUUGCUUGAUUGGGCGUUUGGGAGCUGCUUAGAGCAAAUGGGUUUGAUUAUUAAUGGUGCUUGCUCUCGAAUAGGAAGUUCAUUUAUUUCAGUUUACAAUCUAGUGUGGCCAAACUGGGAAUGGGAGGAAGGUGGGGGAAGAUUUACACCUUACUUUCUUGAUUAGCUUUCACCACUUCCCUGCUUCAGCUGUAGUUCUUGCAGUUAGAUUGAGAUUUGUGCUUUUACUUUAGGUGAAAGCUUCAGUUUUGUCCUUUAUUGUCUUUCCAACUUCGGUUGAGUGCAAAUCAAGCCUUGAAAAUGGCUGAUGUGUUAUGUAAGUUUGAUCAAGUGGGAGUUAAUUAGUUAUUUGGUGAGAUGAAAAUGGUCAAUCAGUUUGAUUUUCCACUAUUUCUUUGAAUUAAGUAUAGCCACUGGUGUAGUGAGUUCGAGUUGCCUGAACAUUUUGCUUGCUUGAGAAUGAGGGAGUUUUGCGAAUGGACGGUGCAGAUUUAUCUCCCUUUGGAAAAAUGAGGAUGGUGGAGCUUUUGUGUACACUACUAGUUGUUCUACUAUCACUCUUGAUAAAUGGGGAAGCUGAGGUUUACAUGGUAAUGAUGGAGGAUGAGCCAGUCAUAAGCUAUAGAGGAGGCAUUCCUGGGUUUGAGGCAACUGCUGUGGAAUCCGAUGAAAAAAUCGACACGACUAGUGAGGUGGUUGCAUCAUAUGCGAAGCACCUCGAGGAGAAGCAUGAUAUGCUUCUCGAUAUGCUGUUUGAUAGUGAAACAUAUCAGAAACUUUAUAGCUAUCGACAUCUUAUCAAUGGCUUCUCGGUUCAUAUGCCACCAGAACAGGUAGAAACCUUAAGGCGUGCCCCUGGCGUGAUAUCGGUGGAGAGAGAUUGGAAAGUUCAUAGACUCACAACACACACCCCACAGUUUUUGGGCCUUCCUACUGGAGUUUGGCCAACCGGGGGUGGCUUUGACAGAGCUGGGGAAGACAUUGUGAUUGGCUUUGUGGACUCCGGCAUUUAUCCUCAUCACCCGAGCUUUUCAACUCACCAUGCUGAUCCAUAUAGACCACUUCCAAAGUACAAGGGGAAAUGUGAGAUUGAUCCACAUACCAAGAGUAAAUUCUGCAAUGGAAAGAUUAUUGGAGCUCAGCAUUUCGCUGAAGCUGCCAAAGCUGCUGGUGUCUUCAAUCCUGCAAUCGAUUUCGCAUCUCCCCUGGAUGGUGAUGGACAUGGAAGUCACAUAGCAGCCAUUGCAGCUGGAAACAAUGGCAUUCCCGUGAGAAUGCACGGUCAUGAGUUUGGAAAAGCAAGUGGGAUGGCUCCUCGUGCUAGAAUUGCGGUGUACAAAGCUCUAUACCGGCUCUUUGGAGGGUUCAUUGCUGAUGUAGUGGCUGCAAUUGAUCAGGCUGUCUAUGAUGGAGUGGAUAUACUUAGCCUUUCCUUAGGUCCGAACAGUCCACCAGCAACAACCAAGACAACGUAUCUAAACCCCUUCGAUGCUACCCUUUUGGCAGCUGUUAAAGCUGGUGUAUUUGUUGCUCAAGCGGCAGGAAAUGGAGGUCCAUUUCCUAAAACGAUGGUCUCUUAUAGCCCUUGGAUAACAUCCGUAGCAGCUGCCAUUGAUGACAGGAGAUACAAGAACCACCUCACUCUUGGAAAUGGAAAAAUCUUGCCUGGAAUGGGUUUGUCACCCUCCACGCGUCUGAACCAGACAUAUCCCUUAGUUUUUGCCAACGAUGUCUUGCUAGACUCUUCAGUUUUGAAGUACAAUCCUUCUGAUUGCCAGAGACCCGAGUUGCUGAACAAGAAGUUGGUUGAAGGGAAAAUCCUCCUUUGUGGCUAUUCCUUCAGCUUCGUUUCUGGCACCGCAUCAAUAAAAAAGGUCUCCGAGACUGCCAAGAAACUCGGAGCAGCUGGAUUUGUUCUUGCUGUGGAAAACAGUACUCCAGGAGCGAAGUAUGAUCCUGUUCCAGUUUGUACACCUGGGAUUGUCAUCACUGAUGCAACCAAAUCGGCGGAUCUAAUUGACUACUACAACAUAUCUACACCCAGAGAUUGGACUGGCAGAGUGAAGAGCUUCAAUGCUAUUGGAAGCAUUGGAGAUGGGUUGAUGGCUAUACUUCACAAAUCAGCUCCUCAGGUUGCAUUGUUCUCUGCUCGAGGACCAAACAUCAAAGAUUUCAGCUUUGGAGAUGCUGAUCUUCUGAAGCCAGACAUUUUAGCUCCCGGGUCUCUCAUUUGGGCUGCAUGGUCGCCUAAUGGAACAGACGAAGCAAAUUUUAUGGGAGAAGGAUUUGCAAUGAUGUCUGGAACUAGCAUGGCUGCACCCCACAUAGCUGGAAUAGCUGCUCUCAUAAAGCAGAAACACCGCAAGUGGAGCCCUGCCGCGAUUAAGUCAGCCCUAAUGACGACAUCCACAGAACUGGACAGAGCAGGAAGGCCUCUUCAAGCACAGCAGUACUCGGAAACAGAAGCCAUGAAGCUUGUUCGUGCCACCCCUUUCGACUAUGGAAGUGGUCAUGUCAAUCCGAGGGCUGCUCUCGAUCCUGGACUCGUCUUUGAUGCAGGGUACACGGAUUACUUGGGGUUCUUGUGCACCACUCCUGGCAUCAACGUCCACGAGAUACGAAACUUCACGAACAUGCGCUGCAACUACACCAUGGGCCACCCAUCCAACCUCAACUCGCCAUCUAUCACAGUGUCCCGCCUGGUGAAGACCUUCACCGUGACUCGCACAGUGACGAAUGUAGCUGAUGAGGAAGAGACCUACGUGAUCACUGCGAGAAUGGAGCCAGCGAUUGCAAUUGAGGUCAAGCCCUCAGCCAUGACUCUGAGGCGUGGUGCUUCGAGGAAGUUUACCGUGAGCUUAACCGUUCGAUCGGUGACUGGAGGGUACAGUUUUGGGAAGGUGACGAUGAAGGGCAGCCGCGGCCAUAGAGUGAGAAUCCCAGUUGUAGCAAUGGGAUACUGGCGAUAGAAUAAAGGGAAAUGCGAGUUUGGUUGGUUGGUUGGCUGAUGAGUUACGAAUCAGAAUUCAGUGUUCUUAAUAAUGGUCUGGGUUGGUUGGUUGGAGGUUGAGAUGAUAUAAUUCUUUUGUAUGUUGUACCAUUUGGUAAAAAUAAAGAACAAGAGGGAGUUAGUUAGGAAGAUGUUUAUAUAUCAAGUACCAUACUAUCAUUUAUUCUGCUAUUAUUACUAGUAGUUCUGUUGAGGGAGCUAGAUGUAAACAGAACAUAAAGGUGGUACCUUUAAGUUUUGAUAAUUUGGUGCCUAAUUUCUAUAUUUUACACUUUUGUGGCAUGAAAGUAGAAUUGAAGUAAUUAGAUUAACAGUGAACUUUACACUUGCGUAUCGAAAAUUUUAACUUAUUGGACACUAGGGGGCAGGGGCUUGUCAUUUGUUAUUUUCUUACAUGCAUGAUACAUAUCUUAACAAGAAAACAAUUUACCUAUAGGUAAAUAAAACUAAAGAUAAGGAAAAAAUCAAGUGAACCACCACGGAUUGGUUGCACAAGUUUGGACUUAGAAUUUAGGAGGUUUUGCUAGUUGUCACUUAUGUGCUAAUCUCGUAAUGGCCAUCGACAGAAUUCGUGUUCCGGUCUUAACAACUCUUGUGAUAAACUUGCCAGAUAACC